AUGGAACACGUACGCGAGAAUUUGGUGGCCCUGUAUCAGGAUGACGAAUCUAGACGCAAGGUUGUAUACUACAUUGCAGCUAUUGUUCUGAGCUAUGGUAUUACUCUUGGGCUGUAUCGACUGACAAUUCACCCCCUUGCCAAAAUCCCGGGUCCCAGGAUAGCAGCAUUGACUUCAUGGUACGAAAUCUACUACGAUGUCUGGCAAGGUGGACAGUAUUUCCGCAAGAUCAGGAAAAUGCACCAGAAAUACGGCCCAAUCGUCCGCAUCAGUCCCAACGAAGUACACUUCAACGACCCAGACUUUAUCGACUCCCUCUACCCCGGCGCCGGCGAGCGCAAAACCAACAGACCCGUCAUGGUGGGCAAGCGAAGUGGAACUCCAGACUCCAUGACCGCCACCGAAGACCACGACAUGCACCGCAAGCGCCGCGGCGUCAUCAAUCCCUUCUUCUCUGUUGCCAGCGUCCGCAAACUUGAGCCCGUGAUCAGGGAACAUACCGAAAAGGUACUGAACCGGAUCGAACAGGCUAGCGGGCCCAUUGAGAUGAAUGUACUGUUCAAGGCAUAUGCGAGCGACACCGUCGUGCAGUAUGCGUUUGGCGACUGCUUCCAUUUCCUCGACGACGUCCAGUGCGGGAAGCCGUACUUCAAAGCCGUUGACAUGUUCUUCAGCCUCAACCAUCUCUUUGGGCAUUGGCCCAUCGUCGGGUGGAUGGUAGCGAAGACGCCCGGCUGGAUGAUGAGGAACUUUGGUGAGGGCCUGAGAGAGAUGUGGGAGAAGAAAAUGUGGUGGCUCAAGAAGGUCGAAGAGAUUAGGACCUCAAACGAUCCCGAACGCAUCAAGAGCACAAUCUUUGGCGGCGUGCUGAACAGCUCGCUUCCCGACGCAGAAAAGACAAAUCACCGUCUUGCGAGCGAAACGCAACUCGUUGUUUUCGCCGGCGAAGGGACUACGGACGUGGAACCCCAGCUGACCCUCAAAUCUCCAGCGCACACCCUUAGCGCCGCGAUGUUCUCGCUCUACACGCACCCCUCUAUCCUCGCUACCGUCAAGGCCGAGCUGUCUUCUAUCCCCAACCCGCCUUCCUUCGCCCAACUCGACGCGCUACCCUACUUCAACGCCGUGAUCCAGGAGACCAUUCGCCUGCACCCCGGCGUCGUAAACAGGCAGUGGCGCUACUCGCCUGAGCCCGUCGUGUACGGCGAGUAUGUAGUUCCUGCGGGCAUCACGUAUGGCAUGACGCCCACAAUUCUGCACAAAACACCCUCAGUCUUCGAAAAUCCGGAGGAGUUUAGGCCCGAGAGGUGGAUUGAGAACCCCAAGUUGUCGCGCGCAUUUAUGGGGUUUUCGAGAGGGCCGAGAGGGUGUAUUGGUAUCAAUCUCGCGAAAAGAGAGAUUUCCGUCUUACUUGCAGCGUUGCUAGUCAAGUACGAUGUCUAUGGGGAAGGAAAGGAGAAGACGGGACCAACGUUACAGGUAUUUGAUACAUUCAAGGAAAGGGAUAUCGAUACGAAUGGCGAGUUUAUUAUUCCUGCACCGGCGAAGGGGAACUCAUGUGUGCAAACAGAUCCCACUCCAGACCUCGGCUAUGAAGAACUCUGGCGCCUCCAGCACGAGUUCUACGAGCGAUGGAUAACGCCCAAUAACGUCAAAGAAGCCGAGUCGAUCAACUCAACUAUAUUCUCUGACAAUAUCCAAGGACGCGUUUCCGACACGCGCACCUUCGUAGGCCGUGAGCUCAACACCGAGUACAUCUUCGGGCUCUUCAUGCCCUCAGACUCUCUGUCUAUCAUCGGAAAUCCCACCGAGUACGAAGUUAUCCAGUUUGCAGCGGUCCAGAACAUCGCAUCAGCAACCACGCGCGUCAACUUUACCUUUCCAGCGUUCAACAACAUCUCCCUGCCAGUUGUGAUCAACACAUGGAUGACGUGGAACUCUGCUCGCCAGAUGACGCAGUAUGAUGUUGUGUUCUGGUUUGAAACCCUUCCAAAUCUUAUACUAAGCUUAGGCGGCUCUGCUGAGGAGGCUGGCGGCAAGACAGUAAACAAGAUUGCGACAUCGAUCUGCAACUCGAUGAAGAUACUGAAAAUGGCACGAACGCCCAGUACGAUUUUGGAGGGAUGCUAUAAUUUUCUGACGAAAGAGAUACGCGUGGGUCAGAGCUUUGAGCUGGGCAUGAACACACUCAUGUCCCGCAGUGUACACGAGCUCAUGGUCAAGUAUCGGCCGGGAGUUCACUGCACCCACAUUGGCCCUACAGGGAGGUGGAGAGUGGACGACACAAUCACAUAUAUCGAGAAAGCGGAGGAGCGACUUGAUGCGAACUCGCCAUGGAUCGCUGGGGGAUCGUAG